GCGACCUGGCUCCUGGCCCCGGGACGGCACAGGAGCUCCUGCCGGAAGCCUUGCCUGUAGGCACGGCCACUCGGUCUCCUGCCCAGCGGCCUAUCUCAGCUCCUUUUCCCAACAAAGGACCCAAGGGAUUGGUGCCACAGGGGACAGAGAAAAGUUAUUUGAGUUUGCUGAGCAAACAGAGAGGACAUUAUAAAACAGCUCAUGGCAGUGGGCGGUGCGCAUUCUGUAGGCGGCCCCAGCGUGUGGCGUGGACAUGGGAUCUCGAAGCGUCCAGCUCCUGGCCGUGCUCCUCGUCCUGGGGGACGAGUGGCUGUGUUCCCUGGUGGCGUCCCAGAAACCUUCCCCCUGCCAGUGCUCACGGAUCGCAGUCCAGAACAGGAAGAACUGUGGCUUCCCGGGCGUCACCCCUGAGACGUGCUUCAGCAUCGGAUGCUGCUUUGACUCCACAGUCCCCAAUGUCCCCUGGUGUUUCCACUCCCUUCCAAAGCAAGAGUCGGAGCAGUGUGUCAUGGAAGGGUCCGCCCGUAGGAACUGCGGGUACCCGGGCAUCAGCCCUCAGGAGUGUGCGUCCCGCAAGUGCUGCUUUUCCGACACUAUCGUCAACGUGCCCUGGUGUUUCUUCCCAAUGUCUGUGGAAGAUUGCCAUUAUUAAGAGGAGUCCUUUCCGAGAACCCACCAGGCUCUCUGGGUGUUUGGAAAUGAAGAAGACUCACCAUCGCAUCUCAUGUCUCCAGAGUUCCUGGCUUUCCUUAAUCUGCUUUUUAUCCUUUUCACUGGUUCAACAUACGUUUCUUCAAAUAAAGAA